AUGUCGACCCAAUCUCCUCACCCUCCUACGCCCAAGGGCUCUCGCAACAAUCGACGUCCAAAGAAGAACUUCACUCCUAAUGCGCAAAAGGUCGCGCACCUCACUACUCCUCCGUCAUCUCCACCCAGGAAUAUGAGCCCGGGGGGAAUCACGACCGACUCGUCGAAUAAUAUCCAAUCCUCCAAGAAGAAGCCUCCUCGAUCGACGAAGAAACCCCGGGAUGUCAAUCGAGCUUCGCCGGCGCCAAAUAACGGACACCGACACACUUCGUCCCAGCCGAGCGUCACCACUCCCCAGCUGAAGGAAGGCGCGCAUUAUGCAGGACCAACUUUCCAUGCAUCGCCUGCGCCGUCCGCUCUCCCGAUUCCAAGCUUCUUCUCCAAGUCGGUCCCGGAUUCUGACCUGCCGCCCACUCUCGAAACGGACAGCGAUACUGCGGACAUGGAACCUGAUCUUGACACAACCCCCUCUAAACCGAAAGCUCGCCGUACACCCAUGAGCGAAGAUCAAAAGCCCACUCCUCUGGACUUUCUUUUCAAGGCUGCCGUGCAGGCUAGAAACUCCCCUUCAGCGGGUAGUCCAGAGGUGAGCAACCGGGUUCGGUCUCCCCAAACCGAUUCGAAGGCUCUCCACGCCCAUCCCGAUGCCAUGCCGGGUGGGAUCUUCCCAUUUGAGAUGGAGAACUCUGGGCGCCCAAGCAGUUCGCAAAUCGGACCUUCCUUUGCUCCUUCUUACCAGGAUCGCAUGAACGCCCUGCGAUCUUCGAGCUCCCCUUCUCAGUCUCCCAGUCCCUCCGAGGACCAGCGCAGGAUGAAGACGGAGGAACUGAAGCAUCUGUUGCUCAAUCCGCGCCCACAGAAGCCGCCAUCGUCAGUUUCGUCCCCUUACGAAUCACCGGGGAGCUUUAGAGGUCAACAAAACACACCUUCGCAUGUAGUACCUCAUUAUGCGACCCCGAUGCGAACCACGUCCGGACCCCCGGCUACUUUCUCGCACGGCUUUCCUGCUGGUCCCCAGCCGCCAAUGCCUCACAACGCUGGACGUCCUCCGUUCCCGUACACCCAGUCUAGCGGCCUGCAGCAGGUUCGGAACUCGAACUCGCCGUUAAAGCGUGAAGUGCCUCCACCCAACUCUUACGUUUCUGGCGUGUCGUCCCCGGCCCCUUACGGCAACCCAUACAUGGCCCAUCCUCCCCAGCACCCGAGCUAUGCCUCUCCGCCAGCUCGGUAUCCGUCCGCUUCGGUCGAGAUGCCCACUAAUUCGCCAUCGCCUUCGAAAUCCACCGACACCAAGAAAAUGGAGGAUGAUCUUCGGAGGAUCUUGAAGCUGGACGGGCCAUCGGGCCUUCCGUCGAGUGGUAUGCAGAGUUCAUUCGCUUGA